GAUUUGACUAAUUCGAUGCGCAGCACUCAGUAAUCUUGCCGCUUGGAGACGACGCACGAGGCUGUGCACACACAGAGUUUCUCACUCUAUGUGUGCACAUUGGCGCGAGUUUCGGAGGCAGUAACGUGACGUAACAUAACCCGAUCGUAACGUCUAGCAUUGAACGCAUCGUCGUUUGCUUGAAGAAGACAAGAUGGCACCAGCAGUCGCGAUGAGUUUAGCCAUACGAGUUUAAAGUUGUGUGAGCAGUUUGCUGUGACUUUUGUAGCAAUCGAUAUAAAUAGUGGCGGCGCCGGUCUGCAUAGCGCGUUUAGUUAAGACGCGUCCAGCUUGAAGGCCUGUGUUUUUCGCUGUCGUGGCUCGUACGUGUUGUUUUGUCGAUUGCUGGACCAAGUGCUGCGGCUUAUCACCAGAGGUAAUCAGUGCUUCUGUGGAAACCCGGCCGGUGAAUUUACUCGGUGCGCGUUGGCUGUUCGUGGACAAAGUUGUGCAAUGCUGCUAGAACUGGAACAUAGCUGCGUUAUAGCUGCAUAGAAAUCGGAGCAGACGCGUUUCCAUAAGUAUGACUGCGAUCCGAAGCUGAAUGCAUUUCUGCUUGACUGACUCCACUGCCAGCCUCAGUAUCGGGAAGUCGUGCGAAAAUAUGCUACUUUUUGCCUGCAGACCUGGGUGAAGCAAAUUUUUUUCAAUCAUAGAGCAGCAUGGAUUCUAUGACAUGGUGUGCUGUUGUCUGCGUUGGCCUUCUCUUACGCAUGGUACAUGCUGAUGAUGACCGCAUGAGGAACCAGCAUAAUUUUGCUUUUUGGACCAUUCGGAUGCCUAUCAUUGUGUCAGUCUUCAUGGUGUUAACGUUCCUGUUGACCUGUGGCAUCUGCGGGUACUUCUGGUAUCGGCGAAGGCAGUGCAUGCUGGAUACGCUGCAGCCAAGUCCCUGCAUGACAGCACCUUGUGCUCCGAUAACGUCAGGGGCAAUGAACCACAGCCAGCCAGAAGUGCGCGCUCUCCUACCGGAUGCAAUUACACAUUCAGCCUUGCCAAAUCCACAACAGCUGCCUGAGCACCAUCCAGAGGUUGGGUUCAACAUUAACAACAAGGGCAUACCUCUGUCACAGCCAUCUGCAGCACCAAUGCCAUCAGCACCCCUUGAAUCGCCACCUCCGUAUGGAAACUGAACACUCUAGCCUCAAGAAAACAUUCACGGAAAAAAAAAGGAGAAACGACUAAGGCAGUGGAUGGUGCUGUAACAUUGAGCAGUGCAUUACUGCUUUGCUUGCUUUGGCCUUCUCGCCGCUUCUGCAGUUUUGUUAUGCCAAGAAGUACUACUAGGGCAGGGAAAAUGCCGGCAUUGUGCAAAGCUAUGCUGCAAUCCAGUGCUCUCACACACACGAGCACACGUGUGCGUGCACACAGCUGAGUGCACGGGCAAAGUGUGUGUAUUAUAAGAAGUGCCUUAUCUAAACAAUUGUUUAGUAAGAGACAUUCAAUUUCAGCAGAUGGACUGCUUUAUGUAUUUUCUUAUAAAAUUGUCUUGAUGGAGUAAGUUUAUUUCAGAAAAACGUUCAAAUUACUUCAAAGCAUUGUUUUUAGUGACAUCUUUGGAGCCUCGUGAUCAGAUCGUGGUUUUGGCACAUAGACCUCAGAAUCUAAUCUAAAAAAAAAAUUUUUUUUCCACAUGCAUCAGUGAAACUCAUUAAAUGAUACCAUCCAACUGCGCAGGAGCUAACAUGCGAGUUGUGCUUCAGAGAAAUAGCAGGAAUGGUUGUAUAAGGUGCAUUCACAAAUUUACACAUCUGCAGUUUUUCAGGAGUCAAUUAAGCCACAUGCACUUUUGUGCUCUGUGAUGUGUUCUUUAGACUGUGCAAGACGUCGUGCACAUAGGGUAGCACAAGCAACUGGCUCUCGUCUAUGGUGUCGCAUUUAUGGGGAUUGUCCUAUUGUGAAAACCAGCUUGAUCAGUCUUGUGGCUGCAGCCGACAGCAGAGUUCUUGAGUUACCAGUAUCCAACAAACAUCCGACCUGUAUUCUAAAGAUGUACUGCUCACCGUGAGGGCAAGUUUUAUUGAGGGUAUUAACAAAGCUAUGUUUGUGAUACCUCUCCUUAUUAACUUUGAAUCUGCCUAGUUGUAAGGCAAAAUGGUUUUCUGCUUUUAAGCUCCUACAUCCAACUUGAAUGAUUACAUGAAAGGAACAGGUUCAAGUAAAAAAACCGUAAGGUGUUAUCAGAGUCCAUUAAUGUGCAAUUAACACAAUUCAUUGAGUUAUAGAAGUGACUACAAUAUCAGAUAGAUUCUGAAAGUUGUAAGAAUCACAGUUAACUAGUAUUAAAGGUCACUUACAAUCAAACGCACCUUAAUAAAUACUGAUUUAUUAAGCCUACGGGAUGAAAUCUUGAUAGGCAAGAUAUAAUAUCACUGAGUGUGUUGGCCAGAUAGGAAUUCUAGUCUUGCACUAAUUUGGUAGAUUAUCAACAGCUUGUUUUACUUAACCCCUUAGCCAUUUUGCUUUAUCAAGAAAUUUCUUACCCAGAAUGCUUAAUUUUUUAUUGCUGGUUGUGAAUACCUUUGUUGUAAAAAGUAGGGUUUUCAGGCAGAAAAAGGUAACUGAGGAGUCAUAGAAUAAAUAAAUGUAGGUUACUGAAUUUUAUUCUAUGCCAUAGUAUAAAUGCACCAACCACCUGCGUGUAAUCAACAAAAGUUAUGGAACAAAUAUACACAGAAUUGUUUUGUCAUGGUCAUACCAGCUGCGCAUGCUAACAUUGCGUUAUUUGGCUAAGGGAGCUUUGGCAGUCUGUGCGUCAGCUCAAAACAAGGGAUUACGCAGAGUUGCUUUCUGAUUUGUAUCAUUGACCAUCAUCAAAACCAGCUCAUCAUCUAUAAAACCCCCAAUAUAUUCAAACAAUUGACCUGGCGAGCUUACAAUAACCUUCUUACAGGGUACACAGAAAGAAGGAAACAGCGGAGGCUUCGUCGGAAGGCUGUUCAUGUUGAUUUUAGUCCACAGAUGUGCGCUUUCAACGUUGUCCUGUGAGUUUCCUUUUUGUCUUAUUCGUCUGAAGAACUUCUAAAUUUAGUAAUCAUCAAGUUUGUCUUCACUUCCUGAAACAAUGUACACCUCAAUGCCUGAACCAUCAUCGUCGGAAGGAGACAAACAAAGACCUAUUUUUCUGAAAGACCGAUCGGCGACACACGCCUAGCCUCUGUUGGACGCCAUUUUGGAAAUGCUAGUUUCAACAUGAAAAACAUGCUCGAGAUGUAGAAGAAGAGAAAACACCGGGCACGUACUGCCAUCUGCCGACCGAAACAUAAGUUAAGCUGCAGACGAGUGUCUCUCGUCCAAAAUGCUCAAGGAGAGAGCAAGUACAACAAGGACGAGCCACACUCAUCCUAAAUACUUUGGGGACACGAGGGCUUGGAUGAGCAGGGCUUGUCCAGAACGGUUAUGGGGUUGAUGCUACCUCUGCCAUUGUUUGCUUCUUUUUCACUUGUGGGUGCUUUUGUUGGAAAAUGUUUGUGAAAGCACUUUGAGUUCCUGCUUCCAGUUCUUGCUUGACAAACAUUUUCACUUGUGAUUGCUUUUAUUCCGUGAGCUUUUGUGGAAAUAGCUGUAGAUGCUUUCACUGGAAAAGACACUGCCUGUUGCACCUGUUGUAAAGCAGUAAACAGUGCAACGUUUUCUGUAGGUACUUUUUUCCUUGGCGCAAGCAGCCUGCUUAAAUUUUCAGGUGUUCAAUCUUGUCAUUUGUGAUGAAAAACUCAGUUCUUAUUUAAAGGGACCCUGAAAUGAUUUUGACGAUUUUCUACAAACAUACUGAGUCGUUAGCGUAGGUCCUUCUGAUCAUUAAUUUACACAUCUAAGUGCUCCGCGUAAAGCGUGUAAUUUAUUAUAAGGUUUUCAAAAUGCACAUUGCUGCCGAUAGCAGCACACUGCUCGGAUGAAUUUUAAGCCACCCCUACCCAUCUGACGGAAAUCACUCAUAUGACGUCAGUGAGGCGAGCUAUCUGAUUGGCUGACCAGGGCGCGUCAUCGAUACUUUUUCCACCUUUAUGGUAAACAAAUGAUGUUUGUAAUAGUUGGAAUGUUAGUUAAUUUGUUUUUAUGAAAAGAAAGUAACAUAAAGAGAAUGCAUAAGAACAAUUUUUCAGUACACUUAAGCACUUCCGGCACACAGCAAGUGUCGUCUGCUUGUGUUACAACGUGCUCCGUCUUUGACGAGAGCUCUGCCGUCAGUGUCGGUCUGUCUUUUCGUGAGCGCCAUGAUUCGACUUUGUCGCAUUGUGGACUGCCAAUGUAGUGACUGGCAAUAUGUCAAACUGCGACAUCGUGUCCCUCUGCAAGCCAGUAGACGAGCUGACUGGCUGUAGCACAUUGGAGUGCUGCUAUCCCGUGGGCGCCAGGCUAGGAUUUGCGCGAUUGCGGCCGUCACUUUACACUGGAAGAUUACUUACGCAAUAGUGUUUCGCGAGUCCGGUAUUAGGGUAAACGCAAGUGCAAGGGGACAGGGCCUGGCCGUGCCUCCUUUCGUGUCGUUUCAGCGGAUGAACAGAAGUACAAAUGUGAAUGGUAUGCGCGGUGCAGCCACCUGGUGGCAUAGAGCUCAACCACUCACAGUAUCGGUAACAAAAUGUAUUCUUCUUUGUAAAUUUUUCGCAGGAGUGUAAUCGUUAACACAUUGUUUUUGUAAAUGUUUAAAAUGUUUUACGCUUGGUUAGAGAAAUAUGAGCUCUUUCUUUGGCUGGUUAAGCUCUGCGCCAGCGUGUGGCUGGACCGUGGAGACCGAUCGAUCAGGCAGCUCAUGUACGUCUUCGCUAAAGUUCCUUCAUCAGCUUGAGUUUAUGCCUCCACCGUUACUUCGAAACGUUCUGCUAGUGUGUGAUUACCGGACUACCAGACACGUUCGGUGCUACGACAGAUUGCUCGCAACGCACACUGCUUCGAUAGCUCUCGCUUGGGGUUGACGGCCAAGUGGCUAGCAGAGACUUUUCGCGUGGGCGGUGGCGGGGGCGGGCUCCAAAACAACCGGAAGUGGACGAUGUGUUACGUCGCAUCGUGACGCAGAACCAGUGAAGGCGGAGCUUAGCCCCGAUCGCUCGGCGAACGAGUUGAGGAGGAGAAGCGUGGCGAGGGAGGAGGGUAGCUUGUAAUUGCUUGUAGCUCCAUUAAUACGUAACGCUUCACUUAAAUUGUGGUGUGAAUGUUCUACUUAAGCUGUACUAUACGCGUCUACAAAAUUUGUCCGAACCGUUUCAGGGGCCCUUUAAAAAUGUAAGAGUUCUGGGGGAAACCUUGACGGAGGAAAAUGAAGUGCGCACCAAUGAUCUUUGUUCUAAAGCACAUCACCUUAAUCCAAUUUUGUUUUUUAUGCGCGAGAGUGGAAACAGUCCACAAUAAUUUGACAAAACUCUAGUUGAUCUGACAUGCUGUCUACUCAGUACAUGUUAAUAUAACGUUGCACCAUACAAGAUAAGCGGCGUUGCGUUUACUCUAACCUUCUCAUAAUGAAGUUGAAGGGGUAGCCGAAAUUACAUCGUUAUAUUCGUUGCUUUGUUAUAUCUGUUAUUGCCAUUUACUGCAGUAUACGCUCAAUUGAGUGCACAACUGUAAACAUGGAAAUAAGAAGACGGCUUUGCGGCCCAGGGAACUGCUACACAGCCAGGCAUACGAUGAAAUUUGAAUAAAACAACAAAAGGACCUUCACCGUGUGCAACACGCGACUUAGCAGCUGACGAGACAGCCUUUACAUAUCUGCUUUCUACUUCAUUGUGAGGGUAUUUCGCGCGCGCUUUCCACUUGGCUCAUCACGGUCGAGCAGCACAUGUCACGCAACACAGCACUGCGCUGUAUGAUUGAGGAGACAAGCGAACUUUGCCUCACUGGCUUGGCUUGGCUCGGCUCGGUCGGCUCGUGGCCUGCGAGAUUGCACUGAUGCAAUGCAAUCCCGGAGGCCACGCCCAGCUGCCAGCUCGCACGGUACGCCACAGCGUGCGGGGGAAGUGAAUGCACGGCCUGGGCGUUACCCCCGAGAUUGCGCCGGAGAGAUCUCCGAGGCCAGGCUCAGCUGUGGCUGCUUGCGCGACGUGCCAUAGAGAAAGAGAGAAGUGAAUGCACUAAUCUUUUGCACCACCACGCUAGCCGCGCAGCUUGGCGUGACCAUUGACGUCGACUCGACUCGCACUUGAGGACAGGGUUGCGCCUGACCCCCGAGAUUGCGCCUGGGAGAUCUUGGUUUACUCAUAAUGGCAAAGCCUUUAGUGCAGUUCAAAAAGACAGGGACAUGACAGAGAUACAGGACAGUGUUAACUUUCAACUGACGUUUAUUGAAACACAAAGGCAGAUAUAUAGCCAAGCAGGCAGGUGGAAAUAUACAAAAGAUACAAAAGAUAAAUCACACUCUACGCAUGCGCAUGCCAUUACCAUCCAGGAAAGCGAUUUUCUUGUUAUAAUGAGAUUUUAAAUACAUGAAUCUCUAUGGGGAUUUCCAGGGGGAUAUUUAUUACUGCGUUAUACCAAUUAUUCCGUUAUAUCCAGUUUUGUAUAAUGAGGUUCCAGCGUAUUUCCAGUCGUUAUUGGGCCUCCAAGCUUUCAAGCUAUUUGUUAAUAAUCUCGACACUACCUAAUGUAUUCUGUACCCUUUUAUCUUAAUUACAUUGAGCUAGCUACUGCAUAUGCACAUGCUAAGGAAAUUGCCAGAAACUUGAGAUAGCUAGCUUACCUGUUUACCUUAAUAGAACAGCCUUUAAAAAUAUUUAAGUGAGCAAAACCAUUUUAAUGCAUUAACUACAUUGCGCCGUGCAAUGAUUAGUUAAUACCAGACAAAUGAAUGAGCAGGCGUCAGUGCCAAAUUAUCGCAGUGUCCUGCUCCUAUGUGAACCCCUUCUGUGUCAUGCUGUCAUAGCACAUAUACAACUCCUGGGAAACGAAACGAAAACUGGUUUGCAGAAGAACUGUCAUUGUAAAAUAUAUAGGGCGCUCCGAGUCUUGUCAGUGCUAUUUUUUCUGGGGUUUUGAGCUCCAGGAUCUUCUCAUAACGCAAAAAAUGAAAAGUUAAAAAGGCAACGUCAGUGCUCCUAUAUUCCUGGCUAAUUAAGAGAACUGUCAAAAAUUUGCUUGGCCUGCCUUGUUUGAAUAUGCUUAUUAUAAACAAGACUCUCAACUAAUUCAAACUUUUUGGCUUUCCAGGGCAAUGCAGCGCAACCAUAAACUGCUGAUAAUAGAGCAAUCAUCAGGCAUGAAUAGGCAAAACAGGCCCCUGUUUUUGUUCAGGCUUCUGUGUAUGUUGAUGGGUGCCACUAUGAGAUGACGCUGCUGACUCAUACAUAUUUUCUUUGUAUAUGUGUUCAAAUGUGAUGGGAUAUGUGUACCUAUGUAUUCAUGUAGUACUCAAUAUUCUACUAUGAACUGCAUGUUAUUUAACCUCAGAUAAUUUCCAACUUCUGAUAGAUCAAAUGAAAAUAUAUGAUCCCCGAGACUUUAGAUGGAAGCCGACUACAUCCAUGUGUUGGAUGUAGUCUAUAUCCAUGCACUGACCAAUCACUGCGGCUCCCGCAACAUUGUCAUCUUUGAACUCUGUCAACUGGCAAACUAAAUGACAUACUAAAUUUGUGUUAGGAGCUAUAUAUUUGUUAUCGUAUAACUAUAUUUUCAGUCUGUACGCACAUAAGAAAUCCUAUUGCAUUCUGUUUCCACAUGCAAUGACUCCCCAUGCUGUCUGCUCGAUAAGAGUUCUUUCAGCAAGAGUCACUGCAGACCACCACUGCUGCUUGUGCAUGUCUGUGAUAUGUAAAGUGACGUGAAAUUUUUAAUUCCUGGAUACUACAGUGGGUAAAGGUUGCACAACCUUGGAUUGUUAUGGCGUAUGUAUGUAUGUUGUUGUGUUGCAGUUGCUGUGUUGUAUAGCCACUUAGUAUAAUCGAACUCUAGAGAAGUGCUGCAAGUGCGAUAUGCAAAGUGGAAGUUUUAUUUCUGGCUGCAUCUGCUUGCAUUCCUGCCGUGUGUGUGCCUUUGCCAAUUUGCAAUUUAUAGAUUUUGCUAAUUCUGUGUACAGUAUGCUUCUAUAAAAGUAUUGAUAAUUUGUGAGUGUGUUACUUAAGUGAAUAUCAGAGGUAUCCAUUUCAGCACCAGACUGCACCAGCUGUUGGUGCUUGUGGAUGCAUGUUUUUGUACUUGUUGAGCUGAACUAUGUACAUGUGCAUCUUUGAUACAGUGUUAAUCUGUAUGUGUGGUUUUAGAGAAGUGUUACAACUAUAAUGGGGAUAUUAGUACGAGAUGAGUUGGCUUUAGCUCCUACUUCAACAGCUCUUGACCUCUGGAGCCACAAACGUGAUUCGGUUGUGGUUCUUAUUGCGCUUCUGCAUUUCGUGGUCUACAGCGUGAAUGCAGGAAGGCAGACGUGGGGAUAGCGGUUGCCAUGAAUAUCACGAUGGGCAGCUGGCCACACAGUUGAGUAGAUGAGGUAGCACGGGUUAAAAAAAAAAGAUGAUGAAAAAAUGCAAAAAGGGUGAGGGUAUAGGCUAGCACUGAGGAACACUAAAUUGGACUAAAGAGAGAAACACUAAAUCUGUUUAAACUAAAUCUCUUUUCGUUUUUUGGGACAAUGGGUUUGAAUAUUUGAAGAUAAAAUGAAGAUAAAAGUUGAAGUUUUAGAAUUUCACGCUGAGAUCUCGGCAAUGGUACCACAAUGGCGAUAGUGUGGCAUCACGGAUUUCAAAGCAUAUUCUCGUAAUUGGGCUGCGCGGGCUCAGUGAAAGUUCCCAAAACUUGCCAAGUUCAAUCUUUCACUCUUUUAGAAUACAAUGCCCAUUUUUCCGACAUGCAGUUAGCCAGGCUCUUGCGGACGCCGUAAAAAUCCAUGACGUCAAGGCAAGCUGGUGCAGCAACUUCAAGACGGCGGCGCCGUCUUGUGAUAUUUAUUUUAUUGUGAUAGCAAUUAUGUGGACACACGAAGCGAAUUUUCGUCAUCGGGGCCACUGUGAGGUUCCGUAUAUGCUUAGGUAUAUGUAGGCUAUAUGCUAUCCCAUGCAAUAUGACAUGCAGUAUAUACUGGUUAUAUAUGUUCACACCAUUCUAUCACUAAAGUUGCUCACACCAGGUCUUACAGUCUUCACAAAAUUAUUCCCCAGAAUUUUGAGAACGGUAGCCCACAAACAAAUGUCAUGAAACGAAACAGUGACAGUACAUGUCUUUUAUCUUCAGUCAUCUCAGACUGAAAUAUUAAAAGUGUGAAACAGUGACGUAAGUCAAACCUGAAAAUGGUCUAAUUUUAUUGCCACGGCUGUGCGCUAACUACCUCAGGGAUCGGCCCAGGAUAGAGGUUUGAAACAUACCCAAUACGUAAAAGUGGCGCUAAAGUUGCUAAGAAAGACGCUGACUUUAAUUCAUAAACGUAAAUGAAAUUGUCCAAUGGCAGGAUUCAAACAGGAUCCCUAGCGCAACAGCUCGUUUUUACUUAGGCAGCUUAUGUUUACUUCAGUUAAUUCAUCAAAUGUAGCUUCAUUGUAGCUUCAUAAUCAUCGCUUCAAUUCAUUCAGCGAGCCUUACACUUCGUGUAAUAUUCUAACACGUUGCUAUCGCGUUCAUUGUUUUGGCCUUAUGGCGAAACUGUGAUAUAUUUGCUUCUUUUCUCGCAUACCAAGCCUCUUCUCAUGGUAUGAGUUUCUUUUUUUAUUGUAGAAGGGUAAUUUACUAAUACAGGUGAAAUCAUUUCUCUUUAGUAUACCUUUAUUGCCAACACUAAAUCAGUUUACACUGUGCGACUAUUCUUUCAAAAAUAUGGCUUGCACAAAAUAAAGAAUGAAAAAUGGCAUUAAAUCAAUUUAUAAUCGUGUGGUAUUGCUUGAAGACGCUGCCUUCAUUUACUUGGUGGAAAUGCGUUGACUACUAGUGCAGAAAAUGAAGGCCCAAAUUUCACGUUUUGAGCUGCGGCGCCAAUACGUCGGUGUUAUGUCACGGAUUUCAAGCUGUGUGCGUACGUUUGGUGCCGUUUCGGUGUAGAGAAAAUUCUCGAAGCUUGAGUCUUAGCAACGUAAUGCAAUAAUUUAUUGACAAAGUGCUAAUUAGUCCCGCACAGAAUCUCUCAAUAUCCUGACGUGAUCUAUAAUACGGGAACUUCAAGAUGGUGCUGGCCGCUUGUCUUCCAAGCUUGCGUCUUUCCCAGCGUACCAUCUCUCUGUGCGUGGUGGGACGUUUAUAAGCUAACACAAGCGUAAUUUAUGAAUUUAGUUCAACUUAUUUUAUUUUUAUUGUUCAUUGUGUUGUGUCCAUUGUGUUUAAUGUUAUUGUUCCUUUAAUAAACAAUAAAGACCGAAAAAUUUUAACUUUAGGGCUGAAGCAUCUCUGGUAUGCAGUUUGACGUCACAGAUCUCGAACACUUUUUCUUUCUUCUAUUUGGGCCAUUUUGGCUCGCCAAACAUCCUCUUGACUUGCUAGGUUGAGUGUUUGGUUUCUUUAGAAGUACAUGAAACGUAGUCCUUGUUUGCACAUAUACUCAGCAUGGACAAUAUAGGGCUUCUUUGUAUUGCGAAUAGGCUGCAAGGGCAAAUUAAGUUGGCCAUGCAUUCCCGUACGUUGGGCGCUGGACACAGUGGUGAUCUUGUCUGUUUAAUUUUAAAUAAAUAUUCGGUAUUGCUGGCAUUG